AUGCCAUCUCGCCAAACGGCUGGUUUGAGAACGGCGGUCUCCUUCGAAGAUAUUGUUGACGAAAAUGCGCGCCAUGAGGUGACCCCUAGGAUGGCUGAAGAUGUCGUGCGCUUUAUCGUUGAGACGCUGGCCGACACUGUUGUCUCUAAUCGAAAAAUUUCCUUGCGGGACUCGAAGAUAUGA